UCUGGUUAAGACUGCCAGGAGUGAACAUAUGUUCCUAGCCUUUGUCCGCUAGUUUCUCUUUCAUCUCUCUUUCUCUCUCUCUACAUAAAGUUUUAAAACCCUUCUCAAAUCUCCAAUCAUCUGUAAAAUUGUUGCCGAAUCCAGAAAAUCUAGGUAAAAAGACAGAAAAAUGGACGAAAGUGGGGUAGCAAACAAUGUAGCAAGGGCCAUUGUUGCCGUUCUAGACUGGAGUACCUCACCGGACGCUAGAAAAGCUGCCGUAUCUUACUUAGAAUCAAUAAAAGGUGGAGACAUUCGUGUGUUGGCAAGCAUAUCAUUUAUUUUAGUCAAGAAGGAGUGGUCAUCUGAAAUUCGAUUACAUGCUUAUAAACUGCUUCAGCACAUGGUUCGUUUACGCUGGGAGGAAUUAAGUUCGGGGGAAAGACAUAACUUUGCAAAGGUUGCUUUUGACAUGAUGUCUGAAAUGUCCAACCCCUGUGAAGAGUGGGCUCUAAAAAGUCAGACAGCUGCUCUUGUUGCUGAGAUAAUCAGAAGAGAAGGGCUAAACCUAUGGCAAGAACUUUUUCCAUCUUUAAUUUCCCUUGCCGGAAAGGGCCCUGUUCAAGCUGAAUUGGUUUCAAUAACACUAAGGUGGCUCCCCGAAGACAUUACAGUUCACAAUGAAGACUUAGAAGGUGAACGACGGAGAUUACUUCUGCGCGGGCUGACUCAAUCUUUAUCUGAUAUUUUUCCAUUACUCUAUUCUUUACUUGAAAGACAUUUUGGAGCAGUCAUUAGUGAAGCAGGGCAACAACGAAUUGACAUAGCUAAACAGCAUGCAGCAACUGUAACAGCUACACUGAAUGCUCUUAACGCAUAUGCGGAGUGGGCACCUUUACCUGAACUUUCAAAACAUGGAAUAGUUCAUGGGUGUGGAUUUUUACUUUCUUCACCCGAUUUUCGUCUUCAUGCUGCGGAGUUUUUCAAACUUGUUUCUUCAAGGAAGAGACCAUAUGAUGAUACAACUGAGUAUGACUCUGCUAUGAGAAUUGUCUUUGAGAAAUUGAUGGGUGUUUCCAACGAUUUCUUGCGUAGAUCUGAAUCUAUCUCUUGUAUUGAUGAGAGCGAACUUGAAUUUGCUGAAUGUAUAUGUGAUAGUAUGGCAAAUUUGGGAUCUUUAAACUUGCAAUGUGUCUCUGGAGAUGAGACAAUCGUCUCUGUUUAUCUGCAACAGAUGCUAAGUUACUUCCGACAUGAUAGUCUGGCAAUUCAUUAUCAAUCUAUGCUCUUUUGGCUGGCUCUGUUGAGAGACCUAUUGUCCAAACCAAAGAUCCUCACACCAACAACUGCAGAUGGUUCAGCUAUUAUUCUGAACUCUGCUUUAGGUCAUGGCAGUAAAGAGAAGAAGAACCUCUUGGCUCUUCUGAAUGAUGAUAUAUGCACUGCUAUACUUGAUACAUCUUUCAGGCGCUUGGUAAAGAAAGAAAAGAUUCUUCCUGGAUCAUCUUUUUCUUCUGGAUCCCUUGAAUUGUGGAAUGAAGAUUUUGAAGGAAAAGGCGAAUUCAGCCAAUACCGUUCCAAGCUUUUGGAGCUGAUUCGCUUUGUUUCUUCAGUAAAGCCCGUAAUUGCUGCUUCUCGGGUGUCAGAGAGAGUAGCCACAAUUUUUAAGUGCCUUUUGCUUUCGGCUAGUCCUGUUCAGGAGUUAGCUGUACCAGAGAGCAUGCAAUUGGCGCUGGAUAGUGUUGUCAAUGCAGUUUUUGAUGGAUCAAGUGAUUAUGGGGGCAGUUCUUCUGAACACCAAGUAGCAUUACAUAGAAUAUUUGAAGGUUUACUUCAGCAGCUGCUUUCUUUGAAAUGGACUGAACCUGCUCUUGUUGAAUUACUUGGCCACUAUCUAGAUGCAUUAGGUCCAUUUUUGAAACACUUCCCUGAUGCAGUUGGCAGUGUCAUCAACAAAUUAUUUGAGCUUCUGAAUUCACUGCCAUAUGCUAUUAAGGAUCCAUCAACAAAUGUUGCUCGACAUGCAAGAUUACAAAUUUGUACAUCAUUUAUUCGAAUAGCCAAGGCUGUUGACAAAGGCAUUCUUCCAUAUAUGAAGGGAAUUGCUGACACCAUGGCUUAUUUGCAAAAAGAGGGAUGUUUGCUACGUGCUGAACAUAAUCUUUUAGGUGAAGCAUUUCUUGUAAUGGCUUCUUCAGCUGGUAUUCAACAGCAGCAAGAAGUUUUAGCCUGGUUACUUGAACCUUUGAGCUUACAGUGGAAUCAGCUAGAGUGGCAAAAUACUUAUCUGUCUGAACCAGCAGGCUUGAUUCGUUUGUGCUCUGAGACACCAUUUAUGUGGUCCCUGUUCCACACUGUGACGUUCUUUGAAAAGGCACUUAAACGCAGUGGUAUUAGAAAGGGAAGUACACCUCUACAGAACAAUCUUUCAGGGACUUCCCCAGCUCAUCCAAUGGCAUCACAUCUAUCAUGGAUGUUACCCCCUUUAUUGAGACUGCUUCGGGCAGUACAUUCUCUUUGGUCUCCUUCCAUAGCUCAUGGGUUGCCUGGAGAAAUGAAAUUUGCAAUGGCAAUCAGUGAUCCCGAAAAAACCAGUCUUCUUGGGGAAGCUAACCCUAAAUUGGGAAAGAGUGCGGUUGACAGAUCUCAAAUUGACAUGAACAAGGAAGGUACUGAGCCGAAUGAAACAGAUAUUCGAAACUGGUUGAAAGGUAUUAGGGACAGCGGGUAUAAUGUUUUGGGAUUAUCAACCACUAUUGGCGAUGCAUUCUUCAAGUGUUUGGACAGUCAGUAUGUUUCAAUUGCACUAAUCGAGAAUGUACAGUCAAUGGAAUUCAGACAUCUAAGACAGCUUGUUCACCUGGUCAUAAUUCCAUUGGUCAAAAAUUGCCCUCCAAAUAUGUGGGAAAAAUGGCUGGAGAAUAUUUUGCAUCCAUUAUUUAAUCAUUCUCACCAAGCCCUUGUUAGCUCUUGGUCAAGCCUUUUGCAGGAAGGUCGGGCAAAAGUCCCCGAUUUAUGUUCAUUCGAUGCGGGACCCAUUCUCAAAGUUGAAGUAAUGGAGGAAAAGCUACUUAGAGACUUGACUCGCGAGAUUUCUGCACUUCUUUCUGUUUUAGCUUCACCGGGAGUAAACACAGGGCUUCCUUUGUUAGAACAGUCUGGGCAUGUCAACCGUCCUGACCCAUCUUCUCUCAGAGACUUGGAAUCAUUUACAUCAAAUUCUAUGGUUGGUUUUCUUUUCAAGAACAAAAGAAUUUCUCAGCCAGCAUUCAAUAUUACUUUGGAGAUUUUCAAGUGGACUGAUGGAGAAUCUGUGACUAAAGUUACUUCAUUUUGUGAAGCUCUUAUUGUAUUGGCAGUUACCACUAAUAAUACAGUUGGACUUCAGGAAUUUGUCUCUAAGGACUUGUUUUGUGCAAUCAUAGAAGGUUUGGCUCUCGAGUCAAAUGCUAUAAUAAGUGCCGAUUUGGUUGCUCUAUGUCGUGAAAUCUUCAUAUACCUUUCUGAUAGGAAUCCGGCACCAAGACAGAUUUUGCUUUCUCUACCUUGUAUUACACAACAAGACCUUCUUGCUUUUGAAGACGCCCUAACAAAGACCAGUAGUCCUAAGGAGCAAAAACAACUUGUGAAGAGCCUGCUAAUGGCAGCCACUGGAAACAAGUUAAAAGCACUUGCUGUCCAGAAAAGUAUAAACUUAAUUACAAAUGUUUCAGCAAGGUCGCGAAAUUCAGUAGUUGCAACAUCGGAAUCAAAAAUCAACGAGGGAGAUGUGAUCGGCUUGGCUGCAAUCUUAUAGAGGGGAUUUGUGCUAUAACUUGGUUUGUACAGAAGAAAGGUUUACUCACACAGUUAGUGUAAUACCAUUAUUCAUAACCUUUUUGAAGCCAAAGUGCCUAAAAAUAAUAUCCAGUAAUUGACACAUGUGUUUUUAUAGAGUUUAUUUACAGACAUUUAUUCUCCUUUACUGACUUUAUUUUAAAUUAUAUUUAACUAAUG